AUGCCAGAAUCCUUGCUUUGGAUUAAUAAGGACUCGGGCUCCACGGUUCUUUCGCGAAGCUCAAAGGCCGAAACCAGACAGAUUCGUAAACAUGUCCAGCAUGAACGCCAAUUGAAAGCGAAAGCUGCGCAAGAAGCCGCUGCCAAAUCUUCUGGAAACCAGGGCAAAUCCAAUCGCAAAGAGAAAGACUCUUCACCUGAACAGAAUUUGAAGCCUAUCACAGCAAGGCAGCAUGGUCUUCGACUGGACACCAAUGUACGAGAUCCACAAGCAGACGAAGCUGGUCAUCAACAACGUGCCUUGCUCUCUGCGUCCGCAUCUCCAACUGGUCAUUCAGGUCGAUUUCUUCAAGCCAUCAGCACCUUUCCAGGAUUGGAUCCUCAAGAAUUGAGAAGCUUAGUCUUUUUCUGUCAGAGAACCGCCCCAGAAUGGUCGGGCUGGAAAGAUGCAUCAUUCUGGAACAAACUCAUCCUCCAAGCCUGUCACCUGAACCGUUCCGUCCUCCAUGGGGUAGUUGCCUUGGGUGCACUCCAUGAAUCCUCAGAGGUAGACGGAGAGUCGGACGAACGAUCCCAUCUGCAACAAUUGGCUUUGCAUCAAAGCAGCAAAGCGUCUCGAAUGGCUUUUGAGACUGCUGUCUCCGAUAUAGCCACUCUAAUCUCCUGCAUCAUCUUUAUAUGCUUGCAGAAUUUGCAAGACAGUCACACUGCCUACCAAUUACUCAGAUCUGGCCACAGUUUAAUCACCGACAUCGACGAAAGACUUCACUCUGGGGAUUUAAUUCUGGCUGACAGUGAAAAGACAGUAUUGAACAAUUUCCUUCGCCCCAUCAUUGAGAGGUUGCGCAUGAGGUUUUGCAGCAUUGUCGAUGCCCCUUCCGCUCUCGCCCUAAGCGCAAGCAUUAAACGAAGCAGAAUAGAACACCGUUUGUCGUUACCAGAGAUACCUCAUUGCUUUAGCAAUUUGCUCGAGGCCCGCAACAAACUUGAAGAGAUUGUCGAGUGGGCGCAAGAAAACAUUGACCCAUCAAUUUCGACCGGUGAUGACCGAUCACAGGUACACACAUUGCUGUCAACCUGGAUUGUAGCUCUCGAUGGAACUGGAAUAACAGCGCUGGAACGAUACGAAGCCCUGAUUACCUCCAAAAAACUUCUCAAAGCUGCUGCCCUUGUUGCAUCAAUUCUCCUCGACACCCUGGGGACGCUUACAGAAUGUAGUUACGAUGUCCAUGUCGAGAAAUUCGCCGAGAUCAUUGAAUUGUACAGGGAAGCUGUUGACAACCCAACCCGAACUUUCCGAAAUGUCUCAUUUGGAAUUGAUUCCGGUGUUAUUGACACCUUGGUUUUCGUCGCUGGAAGAUGUCGAGAUCCAAUGAUUCGUCGGUUAGCUAUCGAAUUGCUCGAUAAGACAAACAGAACAGAAGGUGACCUCCAAGGUUCCACAGGCAGUACCAUUUUACAAACCUUGAUGGAACUUGAGGAGGAAAAUCUUAAUGUCACAUCAGCUAGCGACGUUCCAGAAGGACGACGACUUCGUAUUUGGGAAGAUCAUCAGUACUGGGAAAGUGGAGAAAUUCAAAUAUUCUUUGUCAGCUGGCCGUAUGAUCCAUCGUUAGGAGCAGAAAUAAAGCAAGCCUCUGUCCAACUCCCAAUCAAGGCGUUAAGAACUCCGAAGGAGAAAGCGUCUCCUGGAAGCCCGGUGGGCCUGCCAAACGUCAAGUACGGUCGAGGGAUUGGCGCCUUUCUAGAAGAAGGGACCCAAACAUACCACCAAAUCACCCUAUCAUCCUUCUUUAUGCCAAUGCCCAGGUUAUGA